AUGUACACUCUAUGCUCGGCAUCUAAGCGCGGCCAUCUUGCGCUAGUCGACGAACUGCUGCAAAACAAGGAAUUGCUCGAGAAAGUCGUCACCGGACGAGGCUAUAUUGAGGAGGAUUGCGAGCAUCCUCUCACACCUGCUAUCCGCCAAGGCAAUAUCGCCGUCAUCCGCAGAUACUUGGACUUGCCGGGAAUCGAUCUUGUUCAUAUCAAUCGUGCAAAAGGCGUGACCCCAAUCGAAGGAGCUAUCUAUCACCGUGAUACAGACAUUGUCAAUAUGCUUCUUGCAAGAGGCGUGCCCGCGUUCCCGGAUGAGCGGAAACACUUUCCACCGAUAAUACUUGCACUUCUUUAUGGUUCAAUCGCUACAGCAAAGGCACUCAAAGAAGCUGGCGGAGGAGAAGGCAUUCCUCCGCAUAAAUGGGCUGAGAUGCUUGGGUGUCUAUACGAAAGGCUGGGGAUUUAUCGACAGACGCGGGACAAGCUCAACCGGCUGGAAGACGUCAUCCUCCUUCUACAAGACAUGCCGUUAUCAUCAGACAUUAUUAAGGCUGUUUUGCAUUCGAAAAAGGUGGCACAUUUGACUCUACUCCUCCAAAAUCGUCCAAAUCUCGCUGGCGACGAGUUUCAAUUCAUACUUCACACCGCCAUUGAUCAUAUACCCAAAGGCAGCUUACUCCAGGUUUGCCAGUUACUGGUGGAUUGUGGUGCUCCAUUGUUCGGUGUUGGCAGGGAUAAGAACAUUUUACAAUUUGCAGUAUGUAGUAAAACGCCGACCAUCCUUGUAAACUACCUUCUUGGAUGCUGCGGGUGCCCAUCGCCGUCAACGGCCCUCGCUUACGCCUCAAACGCGGAUGUUGCAAAAUGUCUUAUAAAUGCCGGUGCGGAGAUAGACCAUGUGGAUGAGGAUGGAGAUACGCCAUUGCUAAAACUGCUGCAACGGCCCUUUUAUGAGUGGAAAGAGAGGUCAGCCUCUGUUAACCUCAUGGACACUCUUCGGGAAUUCCUGGCUCACGGUGGCAACGCUUCCUACCAAACUACGAGAGGCACCACCCCACUAUCUGUGGCUACUAAGAACAUAUUGGACUUGGAAGUUAUUCGGCUUUUGGCGAAAUACGGCGCGAAAUUCCAUCCUGGAGGCUUCGAAUCUGGCAUCUAUUACUACCCACAAACAGUUAUGCAAACGGUGACGCGCGACUAUCCUCUGGAAGUGGCCAAGGUACUAUUACAAGUGGGAGCGCCAGUUAAUUUACAAGAUGCACAAGGGCGUACGGCUCUAUGGCAUGCAGCAAGACAAAUGGACACCGAAGUACUUGAAUAUUUGCUCGAAAAUGGCGCCGAGGUACAAAGCCACGAAGACUGUGGACGUACUGCACUGCACGCAACUCUGGGCUAUGUUAGACACAUUCAUAGUGAAUCGACCUUAAAAGCCGAAAUCGUUGCCCGGAUUACUGAGUGUACUCGAAUCCUCCUUGAAUCCGGUACAAGUAUGUGGGGAAUCGGUCAGUCGAGCCGUCGAUUAUGGCCGGGAGUUGUAAGCAUUGCACAUUUGCAGCUCUACAUCGACCAUGGGCUGGACGUGAAUGAAGAAGUUGAAUGGGACAACAGGUCUUACAACCCAUCAGAGGCGAGUCGCAGGUUCAACUCAAACGGUACUAUUUUGAACUACAUCAUCAGAAAGGGUGACAUCGAUCUUGUCAAAUAUGUUCUAUCUGCUGGUGCACGGGUGGAUGUUCUUGAUGAUGCGGGCAAGAGUCCCUGGCAAUUCGCUAGGGAGUACAACUUUGAGCAUCUCACGUAUAUUCAGCGGGCGGAAUUCUAUGACGAACUGCGUACGACAGGCAUAUACACAGAGGCGGCUGCAGAAGAGGAAGCACGAUCCAGACCAGAGGCCUCAUCGCUGGCAGGCUGGCUCAUAGACCUUGAAUUUACUUCUUAUGAGUGA